GCAAAGGUCACGUAUUUCGGAGUCACAUGACCGGGUUACAGCUUUCAGUCUUUCCUCCCUUUAAUGUCUUAUUUUGUCUACAGUUUUUAAAACCCGACAUGGACGAAGACGGUCUGCCUAUCGUUGGGUCUGGAGUUGAUCUCACUAAGGUUCCUGCUAUACAACAAAGGAGAGUCGUCGCCCAUCUCAAUCAAUUUGUUGUGCACACAGUUCGCUUCCUUAACCGAUUCUCUACUGUGUGCGAGGAGAAACUUUCAAACAUUUCCCUUCGCAUACAACAAAUCGAAACCACUUUGUGUAUUUUGGAGGCCAAAUUGUCAUCCAUUCCUGGACUGGACGAAGUCACAGUGGAUGGACUCAACCAGCAGCAAAGUGUCCAGACCAAUGGACCGGUUAGCGCCAGUCAGAACCAAUCAGACGGUGUAACAGCAGGGGGAGCUCCUCCCUCACAGCCCAAUCAGAGUCAACCAGAAGCUGCACCUGCACCACAAAAAGCAGAAGCGGUUCCAGAGAAUGUCAUGACUGUGGCCAAGGACCAACGUUAUGCACGUUACCUGAAAAUGGUUCAAGUGGGAGUUCCACAAAUGGCUAUUCGUAACAAAAUGCUUAUGGAAGGUUUGGACCCAAAUCUGCUCGACACACCUGACGCGCCGGUGCCUGGUGGAGCAGCAAGCGGCACAGAGAAUGAGGAUAUUCCUGCCACCAGCUCUGACAGCGAAUCGUCGUUCAGUGACUGAUCUCUGCCGCUGCAUAGCUCCGUGUUUAAGGCCGUUCGCUGCACCAGGCGCUUCCUGCUGGCUCUUUGCUGCUGCAGGUUGUGGAGAUGUUCACAUGAAGGUGCUUGGAUGAUUGUAAUUCUUCUGGAAAUGGUCAACAAUCCUUUUGCUGCUUGUCAGCAAGCUGACUUUAUAUUUGUUUUUCAGUUGUUUGGAAUCAUUUUGGAUCGCAUCUUUUAAAUGAAUGUCGUUCGAACACAGCACCGUUUGCGCGAUGUAGUAGUUGGAGUCCUGCUUUCACAUAACAAGCUAUUAUUUCUGUUCAAGUAUUAAGAAUGACGCAGUGGGAGAUGAACUUUGACCUGAGGAGCUAUUAAACAUUUAAAUCAAGUCUCUAAAUUAGCAUCUUUAACCUUUAGUGCUGCGCAAUGCAUUAAGGUUUGGCAUCAAAAUACGAAAUUCUCCUUAUUAUUAAUGCUGGUUUGAACUGAGAUAUUUGCUGCAUCAUGAAACCGAUUGUAAGAUUUAGCAGCUACACUUUUCUCUCUGUGGUAUUUAGGACUAAUUUGGCUCAUAAAUCUUGCAAAAUUACGCUUACUUCAAUUUUUUAAUGAGGAAAUUAAAAAGAUUUAAAACAUUUUCUUUUCUUGACAUUAUGAAACUGGAGGUGUUUAUAUUGGAGUUUAAAAAUCUGAUGCUGUUGCACAAACUUGACUGUAUGAUAUUAAGUACUUUGUGGACAUAAAAACAAACAAUAAUUAGUUUAGUGUUAUGUUAUUUCAGACAUAGAAUUAUAAUUUCUACAUAAAUUAAAUGUUGAUGUUGCUGCGUGAGUCAAAAUAAUUCACCUUUUUUUGUUAUAAGUAAUAAAUUUAUUUUCUGGCUGUUGUA